GUCUCAUAUUGCUGAGACGAGACGCGAAUGUUUGCCCAGUUCUGUGGUGAAGGCAGCUAGAGACGCUCGGACACAAAAUGCCGGUGCUCGGAUUUGUGCUCGCUCUUCUCCUUCUCGGCUCGGCUCCCAGAAAAUCUGUUCAGACCGUGACUCGAGCAGAUGGGGAAGAGUUCGUGGAGUGGUGCAUAGCUGAUGAGCAAGCCUCAAGCGAGGAGCUUCAAGUGGCGCUGGACUGGGCGUGCGGGAAGGGCGGAGCAGAUUGCAGAGGAAUCCAACGCCACCAGCCAUGUUUCCUGCCCAACACAGUCAAAGACCAUGCUUCCUUCGCUUUCAAUAGCUACUACCAAAAGUUCAAGCACAAAGGGGCCACCUGCUACUUCAAUUCUGCUGCAAUGAUCACUGAUCUUGACCCCAGUCAUGGAUCGUGCAAAUUUCCAUAUCUUCCUUGAAUGAGCGUCCAGAAGAACUUCGGUCACAAGAAUUCCAGAGUGGAGGAGGCGACUUGAAGCACUUGUAGUUUUUUUUUUUUUUUGGGUCGUAAAGAUGCACUUGUAGUUAUACGCUUGUGUUUUCUGCACUUUUUUGGUUUUUUUUUUUUCUCUUAGUCGUGUUCAAGGAAAAUCUUUUUGGCUAGACGGACCAACCUUGGUAAAACGUUGGUAUGAGAUGGGUUUCUAUACACGAUUUGUUUUGUUUGUAAUUCAGUGUGUUGUCUAAGACAGCUUCUCAUUAACGAUUAGUAAACACUAAUU